AUGACAGGAUUGGAAUGGUUCAGAAAACAAUGGAUUGCAAUUUUCCAAUACCCAGUUGUUGCACUGCUAACGAGCCUUGCCACCGACUUUACUCAGGUUGCUGGUGUCUAUUGUCUUGAUAGUAACAAAGUCUACUUUGCGCAUCUUUGGUUGACAAUUAUCACUUCGGUCUCGAUCGCAUUCGCUGUUAUGUCAGUCCUUAGCUUCUACCGAAAUCUGAAGUCUCACCUGGCCAGUCAUCGCCCUCUUUCGAAGCUACUGGCAUUCAAAUUGAUCGUCGGUCUGACAUUCCUCGAAAGAAUUAUUUUCACUAUCCUGCGCUCGACCAAUGUCCUCGAAUCCACAUCAACAUUGAGCUACGCUGAUGUCAAUAUUGGAAUUCCUAACCUUGUCAUCUGCUUGCAGAUGGUACCAUUCUCGAUUUUUUUCUAUUACGCGUACAACGUGGGACCAUACAAACUCACACACGGGAGUAGAGUCUAUGACCCCAAAGUACAGGAAUCCGUAGCAGGUAAUUACCAGACACCAUCCGAAGUCAGCAUAUCACAUGGAUAUGAGGGAGGACCCUUGGGUGUGCGGGCAUGGAUUGGGCUCUUCAAUCCGAUGGAAAUCCUUCGCGCCAUAAAGUUCGGGUUGGAUAUGGCACAGGAAGUUGGAAAUCGUGAUACAAGGGGUCCUGGGAACCAAAUGGAACUUGGGGCUAAUAUGGGACCCGAGCCUACGCCGUCAACUGCCCACGGGCAUGGGCAGGCAUAUGAGCAGCUUCUGAACCCGAAUGAGCGGGCUAUGCGCUGA